AAUAAUUUCUAAAGGCCUAUGGGUGAUUUCGCAAUCCAUAUUUAUGUUGCCUUCCACUGAAAAUACGAAGUUUGUCACAGAUUGCUUGCCGUAGGGGAUUGUGAGCUGCACUGAGCUCGUAUUUUUCCUGUAUAAAGUAAACAACAUGGACGCAAACUCCUUUUAAUAUUUUUAUUCACCGGGUGAAGCAGAAACACCGCCGUUUCACGAGGAACAGCUACCUGUUAUUUAACUUCUCAAUGGGAUUACUGAAUGCACAAAGGCUUGCAAUAAGAACUGCCAGAUGCUACCUGUGCCCACUUUCAACAGCAAAAUCAUGGCUUUCAACCAAAACCGGCCUCCUGGGGGACAAGAACAUCCUGCUCAUGGGUCCCCCUGGAGCAGGGAAGACCACAGUUGGAAAGAUAGUGGCCCACAAACUAGGACUGCCCGUCAUCGACAUUGAUGACAAUGUCUUGGAAACGACAUGGAAAAUGCCCGUGGCUGCCAAGCUGGCAGCAGUAGGUGGAAAGAGAUUUUUGGAAGAAGAAGGUCAGGUUUUGUGUAACUUCUCUGCCUCUGGGUGUGUUGUUUCCCUGACAGGCUCUAACCCUCUUCAUGCCCAGGCUAUGCAGCAUGUAAAAAAAUGUGGACUGGUUGUCUUCCUGGAUGUGGACACUGAGGAUAUUAUACAGAGACUCAGCAGGAUGAAGGUGAACAGGAUUGUGGGCCAGGAGGCAGGCGUGUCCAUGAGAGAUCUUCUGCUUUACAGGAGGCAGUUUUAUGAGAAAUGGCUGGACGUGCGUGUGUUGUGUGGAACGGGAGACACGGUGGAUGAAGUGGCAGAGAAAGUGUUGAAGGCUGUGGAGAGAUAUCAGGAGCAUGAUAAGGACAUUUUUGUAUCAACAAGGUGUGACAGUACAGCGUUGUCUGAUCAGAAAGCAUACUUUAGCGAUGUGGUUAUAGAAGGCCUGGCAGCAGAUGGAGGCCUUUAUGUUCCUAAAAAUGGCUUCCCAAAAGUUGAUCCACGUGAAUGGCUGAGAUUAGUGCCCAUGUCAUAUCCAGAGCGAGCAUUAGUUUUACUUGAAAAAUGCAUCCAUCCGCUGGAUGUCUCACCUUUAGAUCUCAGAACAAUGACUUUCAAAGCGUAUGGGUCAAACUUUUCUAGUGAGAGAGUUGCACCUGUAAAUCAUCUCAUCCACAAUCAGUAUGUUCAGGAGCUCUUUCAUGGCCCCACCGCCUCAUUCAAGGACCUUGCCUUGCAGCUGAUGCCUCAGCUCUUCGCAUGCUGUCUACCACUCAUGUGCAACUACCUCAUCCUAGUGGCCACAUCAGGCGACACCGGCAGCGCUGUGCUCAGUGGCUUCAGCAGGCUGAGCGGUGCUGACAGACACCGGACAGGCGUGCUGGUGUUUUUCCCAGAGGAAGGAGUGAGUGAGAUCCAGAAGCUGCAGAUGACAAGCUACAGGGAGGGCAACGCCAGGGCUGUCAGCGUCCUGUCAGACUUUGACUUCUGCCAGAGGACCAUUAAGAGGAUGUUUGGAGAGUCAGGGCUGACCGGUCAUCUAGCUGUGGAGUACAGCACAGUUCUCAGCACCGCCAACUCCAUCAACUGGGCGAGACUGUUGCCACAGGUGGUCUAUCAUUCCUCCAGCUAUCUGGAUCUGUGCAGAGAUGGUGUUAUCAAAUUCGGGGAACCCAUUGAUGUUUGCAUCCCAACUGGUAACUUUGGGAACGCCAUGUCAGCUGUGUACGCCAAGCAAAUGGGAAUCCCAAUAAGAAAAAUCAUCUGCGCAUCCAACCACAACCGAAUCAUCACCGACUUCAUCACCACAGGUGAGUACGACCUGCGGGAACGGCAUUUGCUGCACUCCCAUUCCCCGGCUAUAGAUAUCCUCAAGUCCUCCAACCUUGAGAGGUUCAUCUAUCACGUCUCAGACGGAAGCAGCCACCUUGUCAAGGACCUGUUCACACGCUUAGACACACAGAAGCACUUUCAGGUUCCUGAGCCUCUUCUUGGCAGGAUACAGCAGGAAGUGCUGGCUGGCUGGUGCUCUGAGGAUGACUGCUUGGCCGCCAUCCACAGUGUUCACACACAGACAGGCUACAUCAUGGAUACACACACCGCUGUGGCUAAAGUUGUGGCUGAUAGGCUGCAGGAUGGCUUCUGCCCCGUGGUGCUUUGUUCCACUGCUCACUACGGGAAAUUUGCUCCCGCUGUGUAUAAAGCUUUGCAAAUCCAAAAUAUUCCUGAGGAUCCUGCGGAGCAGCUGAAAAAGCUGGAAAUCGCUGCAUCCAGACCAGGAAUGCACAGAGAGAUGGUGAAAUGCCUAAGGAACGAAGGCAGGACAGGACACACUGUUUGUCAGGCAGAUUACAGUGUGUUGGUAGAUGAGGUGGAGAACAUGAUACACAACUCCUUUUUGAAUGUUAUGUAGGUUUAUUCCAGCGUUUGUAAAUUUCUACAUUUAUUUAAAAAAAAUAAAAAUAAAA